AUUUCCUCAAAUUCCGUUUCCACUCAGCAUUCAAAUAUAUCGGAAUAGGUGGUACUGUGAAUCGCGUGCAUCGUCGGAAAAAAAUGGCAGUGGCUGCAAAAUGGGCGUUCUGUGCAUUCCUGGGAAUAAUGCUGCUUCACAUUUUGGCCAUUUUAUUAUUCACGAGGGGUUUCCUUCUCACUCGGUCCGAGCUCUCCCAGUAUAGCCAAUGCAGUGACGUCGACGAGUCUCCCUGCUUUUCUCCUCCUCGUGAUCAAACUUCCAACGGGAGUUGUUGGAAUAAACCCGUUGUCGAUCGUCUUGUUAUCAUUGUUCUUGAUGCUAUUAGGUUCGAUUUUGUUGCUCCCAGCACAUUUUUUGCGGAGAAGAAACCGUGGAUGGAUAAGUUACAAGUGCUUCACGAAUUUGCCAGUCAGAACCGAUCAUCUAGAAUUUUCAAAGCUAUAGCGGAUCCCCCUACCACGAGUUUGCAGCGUCUAAAGGGUUUGACUACCGGUGGACUUCCCACGUUUAUUGAUGUUGGAAACAGUUUCGGCGCUCCAGCAAUUGUUGAAGAUAACUUGAUACAUCAGUUGGUUCAGAAUGGGAAGAGAGUGGUGAUGAUGGGGGACGAUACAUGGAUUCAAUUAUUUCCACAUCAUUUCGUCAAAUCUUAUCCAUUCCCGUCUUUUAAUGUUAAAGACCUUGAUACGGUAGACAACGGGUGCAUCACAAACUUAUUCCCCGCCUUGUAUGAAGACGAUUGGGAUGUGCUUGUAGCACAUUUUCUCGGUGUGGAUCAUGCUGGACAUAUAUUUGGUGUUGACUCUACCCCCAUGAUAGAGAAAUUAGAGCAAUACAAUGAAAUUAUAAGGAAAAUUGUUGGAGUGCUUGAUAGCCAAAGUGGACCUGGUGGUUUACAUGAAAAUACAAUGCUUAUUGUUAUGGGAGAUCAUGGACAAACCCUAAAUGGUGAUCAUGGUGGAGGCACUGCCGAGGAGGUGGAAACAGCAAUUUUUGCUUUGAGUUCAAAGAAGCCUUCUACUCCGCUACUUGCUACACCUGAUGGUUCGUCUUGCCGAUUGGAUAUGCAUGGAAGGAGGAUUUGCGUUAACUCUAUUCAACAGCUUGAUUUUGCUGCCACUGUAUCUGCCCUGCUUGGUGUUCCGUUUCCCUUCGGAAGUAUUGGGCGUGUUAAUUCUGAGCUCUUCUCCUUAGCUGGUGGUACAUGGAAUCAGGAAAGUUCACCCACCAGUAAUGAUCAAAGUCUAUCAGAAAUUGACAAUUCAAUGCAGAAUUAUGUUAAUCUACUCUGUAUUAAUUCUUGGCAGGUGAAGAAAUACAUUGAUGUUUAUUCAUCUUUGUCAUUAAUUGGAUUUUCGGAACAAGACUUGCUGCAUGUAUCAAAGCUGUAUUCUGAGGCACAGGAGCUUUGGUCAAACACUUCGAAGAAUUUUUCACUUGACAAAACUCAGAGGCUUUUUGCUUCACUACCUUUAAUGCAACGACAACUUGAUGCAUAUUCUGUAUUUUUGGAAAGUGUUACUGACCUAGCACGAUCAAACUGGACUGAGUUUCAUUUGAAGAUGAUGGGUGUAGGCUUCUGCAUCAUGUUAAGUUCACUUUUUUUGCAUGUAUAUCUUAUCAGGACGCUGAACAAGCUAUCUGGACUUCAUUCUUGUUCGUCUGGCUAUUCCAUGGGACUUUUUGGGGUCACUUUUGCUUGUGUUAUAGUGCUGAUACGUGCAUCGAGUUUCCUUUCCAACAGUUUUAUUCUGGAAGAAGGACGAGUGGCUACCUUUCUUUUGGCAACAACUGUAAUAUUUCAAUUACGUUGUGCACUUAUGAAGAAGAUGAUGUUUCUUGAAGCGCUUGUGCUUUGUCUUUUGGUUCCUUUACUCAGAAUUAGUAUUGAACUUGGGCAAUUGAAGCAGGCUGUGAAUUCGUUAUUCCUAAAGGUUGAUCCUUCACAAUCUCUGGGAAUCGACAAUGACUCUCAAUUCUGGAUGUAUGUUGCUGAAGUCCUGCCAACAUUAGCUCUUAUCCUCGUUGCGUAUCUGCUGUACAAGAAUAUUGCUGUUUGUCCCUCUCAGGGCAUUUGGAAGUAUGUCGUUGCAGGAACUUUAUUUAAUUAUAUGCUCAUACCAUUUCAUUGGGCCUCAGAUAGUAGCCUAUUGAUUCUGCAAAUGUUGCCUGAUGGUGUAAAGGGAAACAUAAUUCCUCGAGUGACCUAUGCUGCUGGACUUCUACAGCUUUCACUAUUGACCAUAGGUCAACUAACUUCUAGGAAGAGGGCUUCGAAUUCAGAAGAAACUACAUUUGUUAAAUUGUUGGCCUUAUUAUCCGCAUGGAGUUCGACGAUCAUUAUUCUUUCAGGAAAGCAAGGCCCCUUGGUUGUCUUGGCAUUGUUGAUUGGAGGUUGGUGCAUAAUUAGGUUAUUGACAUUGGAACAGGACGCCAAGAAUGAUUGUUCACUCUCUUAUGCAUUAGCUGUAACCCAAUGGAGUCUUCUUGCUGUGUGCAUGUUUUUCAGUACAGGUCAUUGGUGUGCUUUCGAUGGCCUCAGAUACGCAGCUGCAUUUAUUGGGUUCGAUGAAUUCAAUCUUACUCGUCAAGCAAUCCUUCUAACCAUCGACACAUUUGGUUUCUCUCACAUUCUCCCUAUAUUCGGACUUCCAUUCCUCGUAACAUGUUAUUAUUCGCUAAGGCAGAACAAACAAGUAUUUACUUUGAGAUUAUGUCAAGUAUAUCUCAUGUACGGAUUCAUCACUGCCCUAACAGCCACAUUCACAAUGCUAUGUGUCGCAAUACAAAGACGGCACUUGAUGGUCUGGGGAUUAUUUGCUCCGAAAUUUGUUUUCGAUGUGGUGGGCCUUCUUCUAUGCGACUUGUUAAUAUUUUUGUCAGCACUGUAUUAUAUUGCAUGAAUACAUUGUUUGUAUUAUUUUAGCACAAGGUGGCUGCAUUCUUUAACAAUGUAUUAUUUUCUUGACGAUCGACCAAUUUUGACGUUUACUCAUCACUUAAGGAUGCAAAAUGCAAUUUAGCAAAA